AUGGCGAGCUACGCGACUUGCUCAGAAGUAGGCCCACUGUGUCCCGUCGAAAGCACAACAUACGGAUAUUACCCCAGUUUCGGCGGGAACAUCUUUUUCACGGCUUUUUUUGCCCUGCUCGGAUUAUGUCAAGCCGGCCUCGGUGUCUACUACCGAACAUGGACAUUCCUGAUAGCUCUUCUCGUUGGGACAUUAAUGGAAAUGGCCGGCUACAUUGGCCGAGUGCUCAUGCACGAUAACCCAUGGUCCGGGCCCGCCUUCAAGCUUCAGAUCGUGUGUCUGGUUCUUGCGCCGACUUUCGUCGCUGCAGGUGUCUACCUGACAUUGAAGCAUAUCAUUCUGAGCUUGGGACCCGAACAUUCGAUCUUGAAACCGCGCCUUUUCACCUGGAUUUUCAUCGGAUGCGACAUUGGAUCUCUUCUAUUACAGGCUGCUGGAGGUGGUGUCGCUGCGGCCGCUGGAAAAAACGAUAUGAAAAUGCUCGAUGCAGGUGACAACAUUAUCAUUGCCGGUAUCGCCUUCCAGGUCGCGACCAUGGUUGUAUGUGCAUUCUUUGCUAUUGUCUUCUUCUGGAGGGUCUUCAAGAGCGGUGAUGGGUUUUCAGGCGAGAAGAAUCUCGAUACCGGUGUUUCGCCAAUCGUUCCCAAGUGGAUGCCGUUCAUCGUGGGCGCCGAGAUAUUUGCCUAUGUCACAGUUUUGAUUCGCUGUAUCUAUCGUCUCCCGGAGAUGGCUGGUGGCUGGGGAAAUCCACUGAUGCAGAAGGAGAAUGAGUUUCUUGUCUUGGAUGGAAUGAUGAUUGCUCUGGCCUGUCUGGCCUUCACCAUAUUCCACCCCGGAAUCUUCCUCCCAUCAUUGCGCUUUGCGCCCAAGAACCGCACAUAA